AUGUUCUCUACUGCUUUAAAGAUUGGAGAUCUUGAUGAUUUCUUACAGUUAACUCAAGAUUGCGUUAAACCUUUACUAUCAUCAGGGAAUACAUCUAUAAAACCAGACCUAAUUAAGCAGUCAAGUUACAAGAAGAAAAGACAAGAAGAGUAUAAUGAUACUAACUCCCGAUAUAAUGAAGCUUAUAUAUCUAAAGAUGGAUCUAAAUAUGCCGCUACAGUAAAUGUUGUAGACUGUUUAACAUGUAGUGGAUGCGUUACAGCAGCUGAGACCAUACUACUGCAACAUCAUAAUACUAAUGAGUUUUUGAAGAAUGUGAAACUCAAAAAAUUAACUAUAGUAUCUAUAUGUAAUCAAUCUUGUGCUGCUUUUGCUUCUUUAUUGAAUAUACAUCCUGUAGAAGCGAUGAUGAGACUGUGUGGGCUAUUUAAGUAUCUAGGUGCAAAGUAUGUCAUAAAUAGCACCUUGUCAGAGUUUGUAAGUCUUUUGGAAGCCAAAGAGGAGUUUAUUUUUAGGUAUAAAUAUAAAGAUGGCCAGAAUAUACCAGUAAUUGUUUCCCAUUGUCCUGGAUGGGUAUGUUAUGCUGAAAAAACUUUGGAUCCAUCAGUAAUUCCAAUGUUAAGUAGGGUACGUUCAUCUCAACAGAUACAAGGGGUAUUAGUUAAAAAUUUGACAUGUUUUGCUCAUAAUUCAAAGGUCUUACUAUAUAAAUGGAAACAAAUAUGGUCAUAUUCAAUGAAAAUUAAACAAAUUGCUGAACAGUUUGAUUUUGUUGAACAACACGAAUUAUAUCAUGUUUGUAUUGCUCCUUGCUAUGAUAAAAAGUUGGAAUCUGUUAGAAGCUAUCUGCCAACAUCUACUAUAAAUUCAGAUAUUCUUGAAGUUGAUACAGUCCUAGCUACAGUUGAAAUUCAAGAUCUUAUAAAGUCAAGUGGUUUCAAUUCACUUUUGGAUAUACCUAAGAGAGAUCUUGAUAAUUUGUGGCUUGACUUAGAUUUUAUUAUAAAUAUGAACUCUUCAGUAGGUCAAAAUAAUGAAAUAAGCGAUUUAACUAUAGAAAACUCCGCUGAUUUAAAAUGUAUUCAAGCAACCUGUAGCGAUAUAAUUAAUGGUAAACGAAAUAAUACUUGGUUAUUACCAUCAUAUUAUAAUUCUGGUUCUGGAGGUUAUUGCGAAUAUAUAUUUAGAAGUUCAGUAAUGGAAUUAUUUAAUGUUGAAAUACCCAAAGAUACUACACUAGAGUAUACACAUGAUAAUUCUGGUAUCCUACAAAUAUGUUUUAAAAUUAAAAAUGAGGUGAAACUAAAGUUUGGUAUUGUUAAUGGGUUUAGGGCUAUACAAGGAGUUGUUAAGAAAUUAGAUAUAAGGAGAAAAGAAGAUUCCACGGAGGUACCUCAGAAAUCUGCAAAAGAUACAUUUCACUAUUUAGAGAUUAUGGCGUGUCCUUCUGGAUGCACUAGUGGUGGUGGCCAAAGUUUAAAAUUGGAUUAUUUAUCUCAGAAUGAUUCAGAAGGAGAUAAAUAUAAACAAAGGGUUCAAUUCCUCCAAAGUAUAAGUGCACUUCUUCAUAAUACAAAUAGUAAAGACUAUAAUAUACGUGUGGUCACUCCAGAAAGUCUUCCAAUUGUAUUGGAAUUAUAUAAAUAUUUAAAGCAUAUAGAUGAUAUGAGUGCAAUAUAUGAAAUUCAAUUACCAGUUUUACGUAGUGACUUUGCUCCCAUUUCUGGGCCACAAUCUUCUUCAUUAAAAUGGUAG